AUGGCCGCCCCGCCGUCGAUACCGCCGCGCCCAGCGCGAGCCCAGAACAGCUCCGCGAGCUCAAAUCUCAUGGACGUGCCCAAGAUCCCUCCGCGCCCGAGGCGCGGCGCCGACCGCUCCGUCUCUCCCCACCGCGACACGUAUGCCCGCUCGCCGCUGAACGACCCCUCCUUCAUACACAAUGGCCAGCACAAGGAGAGCCAUCUCAGCGCUGAGGUGCCGCCCCGCCCGCCGAGCGUUAGCCUGCCCUCGCUCGGCGAGGAAGGCAUGGAGUACGCCAGCCUGGAAGACCUCUCCCGCACGCUCACGAACCAGAGCGAGAGCUACCCGCAGCAGACUAAGCAGGUGGCAGGCGACCUGCCUCUGUACGCCCCCACAGCUUCCGUUCCGAGCUCCACCGCGAAGAGUAGAAUUCAAACGGUGACGCGCACCGACUCCUCGCAGGCUGCGGCCGCCGGCCUCGGGAAGCUGAUGCCAGACGAGAAGUCUGUCUACACAGACUCUGGCCGCUCCGUCUCCUCCCAUGGCGGAAAUACUCGUCCCAGCUCAGUGUACAAGGACAAGGACGAGGACGAACACGGCAUCCCGGAAAUCGGCGUUCAGGUGCCCAUGUACCCGAACGCGGGAGAUGUACAAGCGCCGACUCCCUCGCCCUACGAGCAGAAUAGGGCAAGCAGCGGCAUCGGAUUCUUCAACAAGGAGGGACAGCCCACUUCCCGCCAUCACGGACGUACCAAGAGCGGCCGGGAGAUCUUCCACGGUCCUCCCGGCAGCUAUGGCCGCCAUGGCCAUGGCGUCAUCCCGAAGGACGAGUUCGAGCAGCAGUGGUACGCGAAGCACCCGGAUGACCUUAAGCGCGAGAAGGCCGGCGAGUACGGUCCGCAUAUUCAAGAGAACCGCAAGGACUACCACUGGCAAUCGGAGAAGCUUGAGAAGCUGGUCCACGUUGCAGGCGCCCAGGGAAUUGGAAUGGGUACUUCCAGGGAAGCUAUUGGAACUCCUGACGAGCAGAUCGGCUAUAUGGCCAGCGAAGAGUUUGCCUCCAGGAUGGCGUCUCCGCGACCCCAGUCCGGUCGCCCUGCAUCCAUAAGCGGCAAGAGCGCGAGCGCGCCCUCCAUCCAAUCUCCUCUCAGCCAGGCGAAUUUCCCCGCUGAUGCUCUUAAGAAGCAGGACACUCAGGAGGACGAGGACGAGGAGGUGAUCCACAUUGACCCUCCAUCGCGCCGUGAGAGCAAGAUUCAUGGUGGUGGCUAUGACCCGCCCACGGAAGACCUCGGCCCCAAGGGAGGAAACACAGAAGAGGAAGGUGGAUGGGUGUCAGAGCGUGGCUAUGGUGUUCCCAUCCUUGCUUCUGAUGAAAUCGAGAAGCAUCCCGAAGCCGAGUACAGGCUGCCUGCUGUCUCGCCGGAGCUGGAGCGUAGCCGAAGCGGCGAAUAUACCGUGAAUGAGGAUGGCACUCCUCAAUAUAUUACGAAGCCGCGAGCCCAUAGCAGGGACUCCAGCAGGAAUAACAGUAUGUCGGGCGUGCAACGAUUCAUUCCGAGUCCAGCUCAAUUCGACAAGAGUGGCACUCCUCUGGAGUCCACAAAGGAGUACGAGCCACUGUUCCCUGAGGAUGAAGCUCCCAAGAAAGCCAAGUCGUCCGUCGACAAGCUCAAGCGCCCGGAUCUUGCCCGCCACCACUUCCCUAGCCAAGAUGUUUGGGAAGAUUCUCCCAGUAGCCACCACCUCGAGACCACCGUUGAGACUCCUCAAGCUCCUGAAGAGCCGGGGACUCCUGGCGAUGUCGGCCCUGCCAAGGUAUUUGAGAAACCAGAGAGCGAGCAAGCACGCAAAGAGUGUAUCACAAAAGAAGACCAACAGUCCUUCCUUCCUGAGCACACGAAGCGAUUCGCCAAUAAGAAUCUCAACAAAGAGCAUCUUGCUGCACUCACUCGCCCGGGCAUGCAACAACGCUUUCCGAGUCAAGAUAUCUGGGAGGAUGCUCCUGAGUCACACUCCAGGUUAGAGACCAUUGUUACCACACCCCAGAUGGAAGAAACGGGGGAACACGCCGAUGAUUCACCGGUCGUCGAGAAGCCUACAAUCCCAGCUCGACCUAGCAUUCCGGCGAGACCCGCGAAAGCGAAAGAGAUAUCCCCCGUGGAGAAGAAAGGACCCGUUCUUCCCGAAAGACCUAAACCGCAGGUUCCCUCGCGGCCUAGCAAACCUCUCACCAAGUCAUCCGAAAAGGUCCCCACAUUAGACUCACAGGAGAAUACCGAGACCGCACCUCAACCUAAAGCGAAACCCCCAGUGCCAUCUCGCCCAGCUGGCUCCAAGAUCGCUGCCCUGCAAGCUGGUUUCUUGAAGGAUCUCAACAACAAACUUGGUCUUGGCCCUCAAGCGCCAAAAGUCAAGGAACCUGAGCCGGAGAAGGAGGAAGAGCCACCGAAACCACUGCAAGAUGCGCGAAAAGGUAGGGCUAAGGGCCCACAGCGGAGGAAACCGACCAGCUCACCAUCUCCGGCGGCCGCGGCGACCGUGACAGCAGAGGUUGCGGUGCCUAGACAGAAGCUGGAGAUUGCUCCGAUCACUACUGUAUUCAGCAUCGGCGACGAUCUUGAGGUGGAUGUCCCGGCUGCGCAGAUGGCUGCCAAGUUGCAUGCGGUACUAAUGCCUUCUGAGGAAAAGGAAGAACCAAAGGCGUCUGAAGACGUUCUCGAGAGGGAAGUUCAUGUUGACCCCGGCGAAGCCGAUCUGGAAAAGACUACCAUCAAGGAGGCUGAACCGAGCUCAGCAGACGUACCCAAGGAGGCGCUGGAUGAGCCUAUCGAAGGCCAAACGGCUGGCAAAUCAGAGCCCAUCACCGCUGAUCCGGCUGAGGUGGAGGUAGAGGUUGAGGAUAAGGUGGAGGGUGGGGUCUCAUUAUCGGAGAAGAAGGAGCUAGAGGAAGAGAUUAGAGCCGAGGCCUCGGAGAAGCUGGAGAAGGGCGGUGGUGAGGAGGCUGCUAAGGAUGCUACACCAGCGUAG